AUGACGGGGCUGGAGGAGCAGGAGUUCGACUUCGAUUUCCUCUUCGAGUUCGACCGGAGCGACGAGGCCGCCCCAGAACACUACGGUUAUGCCUCCUCCACGCUCAGCUCUGGUCUGCCACUCCCCACCACGCACCCCUCGCUGCCGGCCCAGUGCCAGGACCUUCAGCCGUCCACCCCAGGCCUCUCAGCCAUCCCGGCUGCGGGGCAGCCCUCAGGGUACGCGGGCACUGUGGAUGGUGGGCCCUCGGGGUACUUCCUCUCUGCCGGCAGCAUCCGGCCUAAUGGAGGCCCAGCCCUGGAGAGCCCACGCAUCGAGAUCACGUCGUACCUGGGUCUGCACCACAACAGCAGCCCGUUCUUCCACGAUGUGGAGGUGGAGGACGUCCUGCCCAACUCCAAACGGUCCCCCUCCACAGCCACGCUGCACCUGCCCAGCCUGGAGGCCUACCGCGACCCCUCGUGCCUGAGCCCGGCCAGCAGCCUGUCCUCCCGCAGCUGCAACUCCGAGGCCUCGUCCUACGAGUCCAACUACUCGUACCCAUAUGCAUCCCCCCAGACGUCCCCAUGGCAGUCUCCCUGCGUGUCCCCCAAGACCACGGACCCCGAGGAAGGCUUUCCCCGCAGCCUGGGGGCCUGCGGUCUUCUGGGCUCACCGCGGCACUCCCCGUCCACCUCGCCACGCACCAGUGUCACCGAGGAGAGCUGGCUGGGGGCCCGCGGCUCCAGGCCCGCAUCCCCCUGCAACAAGAGGAAGUAUAGCCUCAAUGGCCGGCAGCCCUCCCACUCCCCCCACCACUCACCCACGCCAUCCCCGCACGGGUCCCCGCGGGUCAGCGUGACCGACGACACGUGGCUGGGCAACACCACGCAGUACACCAGCUCAGCCAUCGUGGCAGCCAUCAACGCCCUGACCACCGACAGCAGCCUGGACCUGGGCGAGGGUGUGCCCGUGAAGGCCCGCAGGACCGCCCUGGAGCCUUCGCCCUCGGUGGCACUCAAGGUGGAGCCGGCCGCGGAGGACCUGGGCGCCAGCCCACCCACGUCCGACUUCCCCCCUGAGGAGUUCUCCACCUUCCAGCACAUCAGGAAGGGCGCCUUCUGCGACCAGUACCUGUCUGUGCCGCAGCCUCCAUACCAGUGGGCCAAGCCCAAGUCCCUGUCCCCCACGUCCUACAUGAGCCCGUCUCUCCCUGCCCUCGACUGGCAGCUGCCCUCCCACUCUGGCCCGUAUGAACUCCGGAUUGAAGUGCAGCCCAAGUCCCACCACAGAGCUCACUACGAGACUGAGGGCAGUCGGGGGGCCGUGAAGGCAUCAGCUGGAGGACACCCCAUUGUGCAGCUGCACGGUUACUUAGAAAGCGAGCCACUCACGCUACAGCUGUUCAUCGGGACAGCGGAUGACCGCCUGCUGCGGCCUCACGCCUUCUACCAGGUCCACCGGAUCACGGGGAAAACCGUCUCCACCACCAGCCACGAAGCCAUCCUCUCCAACACCAAAGUCCUGGAAAUCCCACUUCUGCCGGAAAACAACAUGCGAGCCAUCAUUGACUGUGCCGGAAUCCUAAAACUCAGAAACUCUGACAUUGAGCUACGCAAGGGGGAGACGGACAUCGGGCGGAAGAACACCAGGGUGAGGCUGGUUUUCCGAGUCCACGUCCCCCAGCCCAACGGCCGGACACUGUCCCUCCAAGUCUCCUCGAACCCCAUCGAAUGUUCCCAGAGGUCGGCCCAGGAGCUACCCCUCGUGGAGAAGCAGAGCACGGACAGCUACCCGGUCAUCGGCGGUAAGAAGAUGGUCCUGUCUGGUCAUAACUUUCUGCAGGACUCCAAGGUCAUUUUUGUGGAGAAAGCUCCAGAUGGCCACCACGUCUGGGAGAUGGAAGCAAAAACGGACAGAGAGCUGUGCAAGCCGAACUCUUUGGUGGUUGAGAUACCGCCUUUUCGCAAUCAGAGAAUAACCAGCCCCGUGCAAGUCAGUUUCUACGUCUGCAACGGGAAGAGGAAGAGAAGCCAGUACCAGCACUUCACCUACCUUCCUGCCAACGUUCCAGCUAUAAAAACAGAGCCCACUGACGACUACGAGCCUGCUGCGACCUGUGCGCCAAUGAGCCAGGGCUUAAGUCCCCUCCCGAGGCCGUACUACAGCCAGCAGCUCACGAUGCCACCCGACCCCGGCGCCUGCCUCAUGGCCGGCUUCCCUCCCUGUCCACAGAGGAGCACCGUGAUGUCCACACCUCCCAGCGUGAGCCCAAAGCUCCAUGACCUUUCUUCUGCCGUCUACACCAAGGGCCUUGCCAGCCCAGGCCACGGUCACCUCGGACUCCAGCCUCUGGCUGGAGAGGUCCCCAUCAUUCAGGAAGUGCCAAGGCCUCUGGUCCCGCUCCCAGGCUCGCCCGAGCAGCCGCCCCCCGCCAGGCUGCAGCCGCAGUAAAUGAAAUAAUACGGAAUGACCUCUCCAGCACAAACACCCAUGCGUAGUUUGCCACGUUGGAGCCCACUCAGAAGCUGUGUGGUGUCAGUUCAGCGGGGACAGUUGAGCUUCAGCAUGCAAAGACUUUUGACAAAAUAAACUGAAUACACCUGGUACCACUCCACACUUCCAACUUACUGAAUGCUAGGACCUGAAGAUUACCUUCUAUGUACUAAGAAGUCACUCUCUAACAGGAAGGAAGGAAGGAAAGAAGACAAACCACUGUAUCUCUUGACGGAAAAAUCAUCUCAAGAAAACAGAAGUGAGGCGGGGAUAGGGGGAGUGCAGGAGACAGACCCCACAGGUGCCUGCCACGGCGUGGCCGUCCCGCUCCAAGUCUGACCCUUUGGGCGCCCCUGGAUUUCAAUACUGGAAGUGCCUUAUUUAACCAUCACGUCAGGGCAUCGUAGACCUGAGCAUUGAAUUCGCUUCCAUGAGAGCGUUUGUAGGAGCAAAGUCUAUAAAAGCAUUUCAUUUUGAGGCUUUUUGUGUAAAUUAAGAGAAUACUGGCAAGCUAGGGAUUGUGAGAGAAACCCAGCGUGAGUUUCCUACUUCUUUCAACUUUUCCUGGGCUAUAAUAUACAAUGUUGUUGCCUUACCCAGUGCAUUUUAGAAAUCUACCGAUCUGUCAUCUCCGUUCUUUCAUAAUGUACUUCUCUCCUCUGCAUUACUAAAACCAUAGGAUUGUUAAUAGUAGCAUGCUAGGAGUUUUGUUUUUAAUCUUGGCUUCGAACAUAGCACAAGUAAGUUGAAUAGCACAAAAUAGGUUACUGGACAAGAAAACAAUCUAUCUGUUACAGGAUAGGUCUUGCGUUUGCAUGUAUGUACAUAUACAGGCAUAUAUUUAUGUAUAAAUAAUAAAUAACAGAGAUGGUGAUGAUCAGUCUUUGCCCGGCAAGGGCUUCCACGUUAGCAAUAAACAGUGUCCAUUUUGGAAAAUGCACCUAAAACUCCACACCUGGCUCUCCGGCUACUUCCAUGGGGUCUGUCCCCCUCUGACAGAUGGCAUCUCACACUUAGAUGAGCACUUUAGAAAGCCAGGAGCAGUGCAUUAGAAAUGCCCGCAGGCGACCAGACAGCAAAAUUAGAAAGUAAUUGUAAAUAACGUUACAAAAGGAGUGUAAUAUAUUUGUUCAGUUAUAAGAUUAUUAUUUCACAGAAGCCUUAUAGCUCUCUGCUUCAUCUAAGAAAACAAUUACCAAAAACAAUGUUUUAAUAUGCAGCGCUGUGUAGUAUGUUUUCAGAUUAGUUACUGUUGACAGAUAGCGUAGGUUUUCCUACCGCAUUUUGUACAAUUAACUGCUUAUUACACAUUAUUACUAGCAGUGACCUAUUGUUUCAUAUAACCAAAAAGCAUGGUUUAAUUAAAACAUGUUUACCCUAAUAAUUGUGCCUUAGGAGUUAAUGCCCCCUUAUGGAACACGCCCGAACUGCACCCAUGGGUGGAGGUUGUACGUUACUAAGUCAGUGAGCAUGAAGUCAGGGUGGAGGAAGAGCUCUCCCACAGAAAGAAUUACCUUUCAAAUACUCUUCUGUAGGAUUGUGUCUGCCUUUUUUUUUUUAACUCGCAGAAAGAAACAAAAAUCUGAAAGCCAUAUUUGUAACAUUUGCCCCCGACUGUGCAGAGCUGAAGACACGUGGCUUCGUGCACACACGCUCCGCCCGCCCCGCAGGCUGGCUCUCCCGCCUGCAGCCCCGUUAUUUAUCCUGCAUUUAGCGUCGUACGAGUUGCAUGCAACAUUUCUUGGUGUAGACUGUCAUAUGAAAAGGAAAUGUUUGAUAUUUCUGUCAGCUGUCUUUGUAGUUAGAAAAUAGAUCCAAUAAAGCAGUAUUUUUUUUGCUGGACAA